AUAGGGCUUAUGAAGAGUUUUCCCAGGCAGCCACACAAAUAACGUCCUUUGAAUUGGUCGAUAGAGUUUUAGAAGGUGCGAUUUGGGCGGGUUUUAUGUUUAAUCUGGCAACCCUGAUACAGUUACACUCACACAUGCAACCUGAAACUUUUCCCUGCAAAACUCUACCGGUAUUCAGCAGCACAGGACAUGGCUACAGUCAACAAGUAGCACUUUUUCUAGUUUUCCGAAUUGAAAGUCGGGUUCGUAUUAGAAUAACUGCAGCAUGAUAAAGUGUUUUGGGGAGUGAGAAGCGUGUUUUACAGCUGAGCGGAAAUGGAAAUGUGUAGCUAAUUUUUAUUUAUUUAUUUUUUUUAAAAAGGGAAAAGGCCACAAACAUUUGCAGAUUGCAUCCGGAUUACAUCUGAGAUAGAAAUGUAAAGCUUGCAAGCUCAAAUCGGGACACAGGGAAACCGACAAUUCCACCGCAAACUUAAUAAUAAUAAUAAUAAUAAUAAUAUUUUCUUUGCUGAAUUAAUGGUGCCGCUUGUUUGCGUCUAGUGCGCACUUUCUAGUCUAGUGCGCACAAAUAACAACAAACAGUAACCGAGGCAAAAACCUUCCCCUGGGAUCUGAACCUGUGCACAGAGAUGAUGUGUAAACCUUUUUUCACACCUGCGGUAGUUUUUUCUGUCCUUGUGUUGGUGCUGAAGGCAGUCGGAGUUUCGGCGCAAGAGGACGAGUUCAACGCUGAGACAUGGCUGAGGACCUAUGGCUACCUGUCCCAGGCCAGCAGACAGAUGUCCACCAUGCAGUCGGCGCAGAUUCUGUCCACUGCCAUAAAGGACAUGCAGCGCUUCUACAGCCUGGACGUCACCGGCCAAGUGGACCCCGCCACUUUAAAAGCUAUGAGGCGUCCGCGAUGUGGUCUUCCUGAUCGCUUUGAGGGGCACAGUGAAGGAAGCGUCAGGCGGAAACGCUUCGCUCUGACGGGUCAACGGUGGGAUAAAGACAAGCUGACUUACAGCAUUCAGAACCACCCACCCAGCAUCAGCCAUCAGCAGUCACAUGAGGCCAUCCGCAAGGCCUUUAGAGUUUGGGAGAACGUGACUCCUCUACGCUUCAAGCAGAUUCCUUAUCGUGACAUCAAAAACGGCAGCGAGGGGCCGGAUAUUAUUCUGCUGUUUGCCUCUGGAUAUCACGGAGACACGUCUCUCUUUGAUGGUGAAGGAGGGUCCCUGGCUCACGCAUUCUUCCCGGGUCCAGGCAUUGGAGGCGACACACACUUUGACAUGGAUGAACCGUGGACACUCAACCAGCGGGAAGGAACAGGCAUUGACCUGUUCCUGGUUGCGGUUCAUGAGCUGGGUCAUGCGAUGGGUCUAGAGCACUCCAACGACGCCUCAGCCAUCAUGGCUCCGUUCUACCAGUGGAUGGACACGGAGAGCUUCUCUCUAGGCGAGGAUGACAUCAGUGGCAUUCAGCAGAUAUACGGACCCCCUGUUAUUGCACCCACCGAGCCUUUGAGCACCACUACAACCCCAUCGUUCACGACCACAGCUGAACCAGAACCCACAUCCACUACAACCACUACAGAGCCUUUAAGGACCACCAGACGUCCAGAGAGACACACCAAACCUCCUGAGAGAGCCACCAGACCUCCUGAGAGAGCCACCGAGCCGUGGGUUCCCCCGGCUGACCCCGGACCCACUCGCCGCUCGGACCAGGAUGCCCCUGAUAUCUGCGACGGAGACUUUAACACGAUUGCGGUGCUCAGGGGGGAGAUGUUUGUCUUCAAGGGUCGGUGGUUCUGGAGGGUCAGACGGAACCAGGUUCUUGAUAAUUAUCCCAUGCCCAUUUCUUUCUUCUGGGUCGGCCUGCCUGAAGACAUAGACGCUGCAUACGAACGCCAUGAUGGAAAAUUUGUGUUCUUCAAAGGUAGUAAAUACUGGCUGUUCAGGGAAGCCGACGUGUUGCCUGGAUAUCCUCAGGAACUUAUGCACUAUGGUCAAGGGAUGCCAGAUCGAGUGGACACAGCCGUGUGGUGGGAGCCAUCUGGCUACACCUACUUCUUCAGAGGAGACAGAUACUGGCGUUUCAGUGAGGAGUCUCGGGCUGUGGAUAAAGAUUACCCACGACCCAUCAGUGUAUGGGGUUCCAUCCCUGCCUCUCCUAAAGGGGCCUUCCUCAGUGAUGAUGGAGCAUACACAUACUUCUACAAAGGGACCAAAUACUGGCGAGUUGACAACAAGCGCAUGAAGGUCGACACAGGAUACCCGAGAUCCAUCCUGAACGAUUUCAUGGGAUGCCACGUUCACUUUGAUCCAGGCUCGGAUACGGAUAUAAAACCAGACCCUAAGUGGCCAGAGACAGGAGGAAAGGACCAAGACGACAAUGAUGAUGACUACAAAGACAACGAUGUCAAUAAUGAUGAUAGUGAGGACGAUGAUGACGAUGAUGAUAAAAAGGUGGUGGUGCAGGUGAAAGAGACUAACGAUUACGUCAUGACCCUCGUCCUGGUGAUGGUGCCUCUGGUCCUGGUGCUGUGCAUUCUAGGAGCGAUUUACGUCAUCAUCACCAAGCUGCAGAAAAAGGAGACUCCCAAAGUGCUGGUUCACUGUAGACGUUCGUUGCAGGAGUGGGUGUGAUGCAUACAAGCGCACACAUGAACACGUUCUCACAAACACACACACACAUUCUGUUUGUUGUCCUCUUUCUGCACAUGUGCUGCGUUCAAAUAUGUUUAGAAGAAGAACCCACAUGAACAGUCCAUUUUUCUGUUAUUCAUGAAUUUGAUGAAAGUGAUCUGACAGCUCGGCGUUUACGAGUCAUGACGGUGUUGACGUUGUACCCAUGGAUGUUCUUUUAACGGCUGAAGCCAAGUGUAAUUAAAGUGUACAUUUAGUCAUAGGCAGCCUUUUCUAGGUUAUUUACCAUUUUUUCUGAGGGAAAUCUUGAUAUUCCUGAUGCUUUUGUGUUGUUUCUACAGGCAUUCUAUAUUUACAUUGUCCAUAGCUGCUUAAAUCAUUCUUUUCAUUCGUGACCAUAUUUUCCGAUUUAUAAAAGGUGUUUUCAAAUGGAACUUGUAGAACAUGCUAUUGUGUCCAAGUGUUUAUAACAUUGUUGCUAGGCAACAGAGAAAUAUGGAUGCCUGCCUUGGAAGCUAGCUAAUGAUUGAGGGCAAUUUAGCUUGCUAACACAGACAAUAUUAAGGCAUAGAAACAGAGGAAAUGCAACACAGAGACCAGGAAUAUACACAUUUUCUUCCUCUGUCUUGUUAAGUUACUAAGAAAAGACGUGUCGUGAUAGUGGAAGGGAGAUAUAACCAUGAAGAAACUGUUGGGAAUAUAAGCAUGUUCCUCAGAUGUGUCAAGAAGUUACAAAGAAAAGAUCCCACAGAAUAAAAUGAAACUGAUAAUACUUAGCAUCUUCUGGCAUCAGAUAAUGUAAAGGAAGAGUGAAAAUGAGACACAAAUGUCAGGAAUAUAAACAUAGAAAUUACUCAAUAAAAAAAAAAAAGAAAACUCCAUGGAUAAAAUUACUCUGUAAUAACACUGAGCAUCUGCUGCUAUCAGUUAAUAUAAAGGCAAAGUGAGAUUGGAAACAAGACAUAACUGCCCAGAAACUGUCGUGAUAGUGGAAACAAGACACAAAUGUCAGGAAAUUGUCUGGAUUAUAAACAUUUUCCUCAGACGUGUUGGCAAAUUACUAAAAAAAAAAAAACCACUCCACAGAUUAAAUGAAAUUGUAAUGGCAUUUAGCAUUAGCUGCUAAUUUAACUUCCAUGUGUUAUACCAUAUU